AAUUUAUUCGAGUCCACCAACACCACUGCACAAUCCUCUGCUCGUCAACCUUUUGUUUCCAACUUUUUAUCAGCCACCAUGAACACCAAGAUUGGCUCCUUAAGAGUUCCACCAGCUUCUCUACCUGUAUUUCCUGUCCUCUUCAUGAUUGUCCUCGCACCCGUCUACAACCAUAUCAUCGUCCCAUUUUCCAAGGCAGUAACCAAAACCGAAAUGGGUAUCACUCAUUUACAACGAAUUGGGACAGGGCUAGUUCUUUCUAUCGUGGCCAUGGCCGUUGCAGCUCUGGUUGAACUAAAGCGAAAAAGGGUCGCAGUCCAAUCUGGUCUUGUGAACUCCACUGAACCUCUUCCCAUCACAUUCCUUUGGAUCGCUUUGCAAUACUUGUUUUUAGGGUCGGCUGAUCUCUUUAGCUUGGCUGGCAUGAUGGAAUUCUUCUUCACAGAAGCCCCCUUUAGCAUGAGAUCUUUGGCCACAGCUCUGUCAUGGGCCUCAUUAGCAAUGGGGUACUACCUCAGCUCAGUACUCGUAACCUUAGUCAACAAUGUCACUGUUACCUUCCAGCACAAACCAUGGCUCUUUGGUAGCAACUUGAAUCAUUAUCACCUCGAAAGGUUUUACUGGUUAAUGUGCAUAUUAAGUGGACUGAAUUUUUUAAAUUACCUCCUUUGGACUAGGCGCUACCAGUAUAGAUCAACAAAGCCCGACAAUCAGAAGGAAAUUCAACCACUGAAUCAGUCCACAGAGGUCUGAUUGCCCCUGUUAACAUGUAUAGCUGUAAA